AUGUACACCACAGCCCUUCUCACACUGGCUCUUGCAGCCCUCUCCACCGCCACUCCGCUCUCAAGACGUGACCAAUACUACGGCGUCUCCCUCGCCGUCAACACCAACCCAGCCGGCCAGCCCGAGACAGCAUCCCCAGCACCGAUCGAGCUCAACGUUCUCACCAGCUUGGGUGGCGUUUCCGCCUCGAAGCUCACCAUCGACCCCAACAUUGGGCCAUUCGGCGGCCUUGACAUCAACAGCAUCGAGUGCAGAGCGUACAAGGAUGCUGCGGGUGUUGUGCCGGGAAGCAAGGCGUUCCAUGUGAACGAGCCGGCGGUGCUGAGUACGAACGUUGUGGAAGUGGGGAGCGUGCUUUGUUAUGUCAGAACUGAGGAAGAGUACUGA